UAAUGCUCUUCUUCCAUGCUGCAAGAUGGCUGCUGUCGGCUAUGGCGCUGGGUUCUGCCGAGCUGGCUGGCAGCCCUCCUUCCAGCUCAUCCGCCAUGGCUCCAAAGCCGUCACUCGUCACUGGAAGCCGAUGCACUUCGUGAGGCAGAAGCUGAUGGAGGUGACAGAAUACAUCCCGCCAAAGCCCCUCAUCGCGCCGGAGUGCAUGCCCCGUGUCAAGGUGGCCGAAGAGGAGCAUGGCUUUGUGAAGUUUCUGCGUCGGCAAGUGGAGCAAACGUUCCUUGAGAACAACAUGAUUGCUGUGUGCCAGUACAACUAUGCUCCUGGGGGUGAGAUCGUACUGAUGAGGCACCGGCUGCGGAAGUACAACAUUCACGCCAAAUUCUUCCCCAACGAGAUCAUUACAACGGUUCUUAUGGAAUCCAAAUACAAGAACCUCCUCCCGCUCUUUGUGGGACGCACCCUUCUACUGGUGAGCCCGGAGACCAGGGCACAGGAGAUGCUGCGGGUCUUGAAAAGUAUCCCACAGAUUGUUCUCCUGGGAGGCUGCGUUGACAACACCCUCCUGAGCCGGGAAGGCUUCGCCAACUACGCCAAGCUGUCUUCCCUGGUGGCCACCCAAGGGGCAGUGGUGGGGGCCCUUUCUGUCCUGCCCUCCCAGACCAGCACGAUUCUGCAGCGCGGCCCCGUUCACUUGACUUCCUUGCUGGACCAGUAUGUUAAACAGCAGACCGGCGAUGGGGCAGAGGCGAAGGAGGGGGGUGACUCCUGAGAAGGUCAGAAACCCUUCAACCAAUUCCCUGCAGCUCUUCUCUGUCUCCUCGGACGUCUGUUGGUUGUGCGAUCAUCGCUUGGGUGGGCGGGCUUAGUCAACGGCACUGACGAAAUCCUCCGAAUCAAGUGGACAAAGAGGGAGGGAAAUGAGGGGUCGUGAGCAAGAGAGCUGUUGGAAUACAGAUUUCCCUCUGGGUAUCAGGUCUCUAUUUCAUUUAUAUGACUGGUGUGACACCAGCCCACCCAAUCAAGUAACCCGAGUUCAUUCCGCAAUCGCAGAAGGAUUAACAAGCUUGGGAAUUGGAGAAGCCCGCCGUUCAGCACCAUCCAAUGCUCAGCUUUGUGAAUGCAGCAUCUGAAAGAAUAAUGCCAAGGGAUUGUCAUUGCUAAUCUUAACGUUAUUGCAUUUUUAAAAAAGAAAGGAUCCUAUUGUUUAUAUUAUGCUGGGCGAUUGGGGAAUACAUUAGGCAGGACUCUGGAGCUCUUGCGACUCAAAUGUGAAUCUUGCCAUCUAAAUAAAUGUACAUUUUUUUGGAA